CUUAAAUAGAUUUCUUUUCUACUUAAUGACGACGCCGGGUUUUUUUUUAUUGUUUGAUUUAUCUUCUUCUGAUACCCCUAAAAAGCAAUAUACAACAAGCUAUAGAGAAGAGAGAGGAAGAAGAGAGAAUCGUAGAGAACAGAAAAAAACCGGCGUCGUCAUUAAGUAGAAAAGAAAUCUAUUUAAGUGCAUAUACACAUCAACAUAGACGAAAACAGGUUAUUACUACAAACAAAAGAAAAAAAAAUUUAUUCCAACUGCCUUCUUUUUUUUCCGGAGAUAUUAUCAAUUUUUUUAUAUACACAUCAAAAUGUCAAAACAACCGUCAUCAUCAUCAUCAUCUUCAAUCAAAAAAACGAACUAACAACGAUUUAUAAAUCGAAAAUAAACUAUACUAAUGGAAGCAUUUGAGCGUAAGUGAUUGAACUGUCACGUAAUUAUUCAACAUGCUGAGUUUUUGAUAGAAUAAUUGACGUAUUAGUGAUAUCAUUAAAUAAGUGUCCCUCAUAUCGAGUAAAUAAUAGAUAAGAAUGAAAGUUCCAUAUGGAUUGUAUUGAAAAAUAAUGAUAAUGAUAUCUGUUGACAAACUAUAGGUUUGACUUUGUAGCAAAAAUAAAGAGCAUCUGUUGUUUAUCUAUUGGAUACCGUAGAGAAUAAGAAUAAUGAGAUACAUGUCGAAACAAGUUUCUUACUUCUUGAUCUUUAUUUCUAUGUCGUAUGUCAUUAUAAAAUUACUUAGAUGAAAAUUUGACAAAUCUGAAAAUGAUAUUAAUAUUUAUCUAUAAUAGAUAAUGAUGAUUAUCCAGCAUUAUUACCAAAACAAAUUCGAAAAGUACCAAAAAGUAUAGAAGAAAUUGUACGAAUUACGAAAUUUAAUAAAACUGAAAUACGAUUACUUUAUAAAGGUUUUAAACAGGAAUGUCCUAGUGGUGCAGUUACAGAACCAGAAUUUCAAGCAAUUUAUUCACAUUUUUUUCCGCAUGGAAAUUGUCAAAAUUAUACAAGCUUUUUAUUUCGUGUUUUGGAUAGACGGAAGCGGAUGUAUUUUACAUUUGAAGAUUAUAUUCAAACAUUAUCAAUUUUAGUUCGUGGUAGUAUUAAAGAAAAACUUCAUUGGAUCUUUCGUCUCUAUGAUAUUUAUGAUGAUGGUAAAUUAACAAAACAAACAUUUGAAACAAUUCUUCGCUCAAUAUAUGAUCUACUUGGAUCAAAUAUAUUUAUUCAUCAACCAAUUACUGAUGAAACAGUUGAAAAACAUACAAAUCUUCUUUUUGAAAAACUUGAUGUUGAUCAUUCAGGAACAAUUAAUUUAGAUGAUUUUGAAAGUUAUUGUUUACAUAAUCAACAGCUAAUAGAUGAAAUCGAUUUUCUGACAUCGACUGCUGUUUAA